AUGCCCAAGACCAAGAAAACCACAUCCAAGAAUGACUCCAGUGAGUCAGAAAAUGAGAUCCAAAAGCCUAAAGCACCAAGCAAGAACCAUAAAGAUAAUAACAAUUCAGAGGGCUCCUCUCCAGCGAGCCAGCCAGUAGACCUUUCUACUGAAGAUAGAAAGUCAGAUAACGAAGUUUCCAAAUUGAGUGUUGCACAUGAAAUCGCUGUAAACCAAGAUUUAGUGGUAAAAGAGAAUGAUUUUUCUGAAAGCAGUCUGGAAAGCAAUUUCGUGGAGACCAUGUACAAUGCAUUUUGGGACCACUUGAAAGAUCAGCUGUCAAAGACUCCUCCUGACUUUUCUUGCGCUCUUGAACUUAUAAGCAACAUCAAACAGAUUUUGGUGUCGCUGCUAUUUCCACGCCAGAACCGUUUAAGAAGUGAGAUUGAAGAAGCAUUGGACAUCGAUCUCCUAAAGCGAGAAACAGAGCACGGGUCUCUGAAUGUCCCUCAUCUCUCGAGCUAUAUUCUCAACUUGAUGGCCCUCCUUUGCGCACCGGUUCGGGAUGAAGCUGUACAGAACCUAGGGAGCAUAAAAGAUCCAGUAGAGUUGCUGAGGGGCAUCUUCCAUGUUCUUAGCCUGAUGAAAAAGGACAUGAUGAACUAUACGAUCAAGAACAUUCAGCCAUACUUGCAAGAACAGUCUGUCCAAUGUGAACGAGCUAAAUUCCAGGAACUCCUUGACAAGCAGCCCAAUCUCCUUGAUUGCACCAUCAAAUGGAUGACUAGAGCUGCCACAGAUAUCACCAAACCACUGCCAAGCACAUCUGUCUCACCGAGCUCCUCUUCUGGCAUAAGUUUAUUUUCAUUUCCAACCACUGACCCAGACCCGCCUAGUCUUACGACAGUGUUAUACCAAGGCUAUCUAAACCUCGUUCUUAGGGACCAUGGGAAUGAAGAGUUCCCUGAGACUAUGCUGAUGGAUAAGGCACGACUGCAGGCCAUGAGGUCCAAAUUACACCACUUGACAAUUCUUGCAUCUGUUUUACUUGUUGCAAGAAGUUUCUCUUGUGGUGUUUUAUUCAGUUCACCAGAAUUUGUGGAAAAACUGAAGAACAUCACCAAGGAACUAACAAAGGAAUUUAGCUCCAAGCCAGAAGAAUCAAUGCUCAGUGUCAGUGAUCAGAUAUCUCAAGAAAUCCAUCAGGGGCUCAAGGACACUGGCCUCACUGUCCUGAGCAGUGAAAACAGGGCAUCACUUGUAGGCCAACUUCGUAACAUUGCCAAGAAGGAGAACUGCAUUCGUACCAUCAUUGAACAACGGAUACAUUUGUUUCUUAAAUGCUGUUUGAUUCAUGGAAUGCGGGCAUCUCUUCUAGACUUCCAAGGAGGACUUCUUUUCAUUGAGCCAGAGUUGGCAGAACUAGGGUGGAAAUUUGUCAAUCUGAUGCAUUACAACCAGCAUGUAUUUGGUCCAUACUAUGCUGAGAUCCUAAAAAAUAUCAUCUCUCCACCAAAUGCAGAAAAAAAUGAAGAAAAACCUAUCUGA